AUGGCUGGAUCGGUGCCAAUGCAGCCCCCGAGGGCAAAUGCAAUAGCCGAAAAGCCACCUAAGUUUGGUGGGUCACACUUCAAAAUAUGGCAACAUAAGAUGAUGUUCUACAUCAUGACUUUGGGCUUGGUCGAUUUCCUGUGGGAAGACGAGCCUCCUACGCCAGCGGAGAACGAGACCAAUUUCUGGGUGCAUGCCGCGUAUGACGAUUGGCGCUAUGGCGACUAUCUUUGUAAACAUUUCAUUUUAGAAGGUUUAGAAGAUAGUUUAUACAAUGUAUACGCCAAUGUAAAGACCUCCAAACCACUUUGGGAGGCACUAGAGAAUAAGUACCGUAGUGAUGAUGUAAUAGCUAAGUUCUUAGACUUUAAGAUGAUCGAUGGUAGAUCGAUCAUGGAUCAAGUGCAAGAAUUCCAACUUAUCUUGCAUGAGUUGGAAUCCGAAGGGAUGAAAAUGCCCGAAGCUUUCAUCACUGCGGCGGUCAUCGAGAUGCUACCGCCAAGCUGGAUUGACUUCAAGAGCUACCUUAUGCAGAACAAUGAGGAGAUGACUCUUGAAGAUCUCAUGGUUAAGCUGCGCCUAGAGUUUGACGUGAGGGAAUGUAUGACCAAGGUCGAAAACUCAUCUCAAGUCAAAGGCAACUUGUUGGAGAAAGGCGGUCCCUCCAACAACAAGCGUGCUCGCCAAAACGCCAAGGACAAGGGCAAGGCAAAAAACAUGGUAUUGCUAUCUUUAUCUUCUAAGAAGUAA